AUGUUGUUCAAUACGUGCAAGUCAUUUGUUGUCGCGCUGGCACUCGGCGCCAGCACCACCAUGGCGUCAAGCUACCAGAACUCUUCCAGAGCGCUCAUGAGCCGUCGCCUCACUGAGUAUCAGAUGCCGGUCGCUACUGAGACACACGAGUUCGCACGCGUGCCAAACUCCAGCUUCGUCCUGCUGACGCAGAUGUCCGACAGCGAGCUCAUCAAGAUCCAGCUCGACCCCAAGACCGAGGAGCCCAUUGCUUUCCACUCCUUCCCUAUGGGAAUGAACAGUAGCUCCCAGCUGCACGGUGUGUGGCCAUCCACCGUCUACCCCGGCAAGAUGUGGCUUUCUCUGCAAAGAGAAAACAAGCUGCUCCUCGUCGACCCCGGCAAGAACCUCUCGUCUGUUCCUCACAUCCUGAAGACCAUCGAUAUCCCCCAGCCUGGCAACGGCCCCCACUGCGUCUUCGAGAUUGGUAACCGCAUCUGGGCUGGUCUGAAGGUUGCCUCUGAGCAGACUGGCAAGUACUACGUCUUCUCUGCCAGCAUCCGCAACUCUACCGACUACAAGCUGUACGAGGCCCUCAACAGCCCCGUCUUCAUCAAGGAGGAGCCCACCACCGGCUUGAUCUACGUCACCCAGGACACCGACUCGUCCAUCAUGCGCAUCAAUGUCACCAGCAGCGAGACUAAGCAGAUGCACGUCCCUGCCAGCGUUGGCAACACCGCCGUCGGAAUGAUCAGUGCCACCGGUCCCCUGAGCGGUGUCUGGUUCACUCUUGCUGGAAACGCCACUGGUGGUACCGGCACUUUCGGCCACAUCGGAGCCUCUGGCGAGAUGAACUUCUUCACCCUUAAGCACCCCAUGCUCGGUGUCAAUGCUGGUCUCCUGCACAUCGCCGAUGCUUCGACCACCGACGGUGGCCCAGCCCUGUGGCUCCUGUCCACCUCUCUACUUAGCAACGAUUCUCCCGAUGCGCUGGUCCGCGUCACCUUUGACGACUCCCUUUCCGCCCUUGCCGAGGAGGAGUACAUCUCCAUGCUUACUCAGAAUGCUAAGGUGCACCGUGUUGUUCCUCUGGACAACACUGUUCUCGUUUCUGAACUCCACACUUUCACCCUUGCCCAGCUCACUUACAAGAACACCGUCGCUGGACAGUGGCUCCCAGCUGAAGCUGUCACCAACACCUCCGUCUACACCAAGGCUGGUUGA